UUGCCUCCCACCCGUCCCCCACCCCGGCAUUUUGGUUCAGCACUAAACUCACCUAUUGAAAGUAUCGGGGUUAUUUGGAACGGCGAGAAAUGGCGUCGGGAUGGGGAAUUACAGGAAACAAAGGCAGAUGCUACGAUUUCUGGGUUGACUUUAGCGAGUGUAUGUCUCGUUGCAGAGAGCCUAAGGAUUGCGGUCUUCUUCGUGAAGACUACCUCGAGUGUCUUCACCACUCUAAAGAGUUUCAACGAAGAAAUCGUAUUUAUAAGGAGGAGCAGCGUAAACUACGAGCAGCCUCACGAAAGGUCACAGAGGGUGGUGAUGGCACUGACAAGCACCAUGCGUAGCGAUAAUUUGAUCAUCUUCUUAAAAUCUUGUAAUAAAGAAUGCAUGGAGAUGUUUCUUUCCAUUUAUUUGACAUUUUAACUCGAUUCAAGUUCUGCUGUUGUUGUCUGUUUCAAACGGAGAUGGGAAUGCGAGUCUUUUUGAUUUUUGUGCAAUAAUCGUGCACUCACCAA